AUGAUUCGCCAAGCAUUCACCUUACUAUCCGGGGAUCGACUUCCGUUGCCAAGCACGUCCACAAGAAAGUAAGAUACCUUCAGGCCUUGGAGCGCAAUAUUUUGAAUUGAGGAAUAGCAACAUAUCGAUAAUAGUAUCGAAUAUAUCCCAACAACUCCUCAAAUUUUUUAUUUCGCACCCUCAAGAUGUCUCCGUCCUGUUGUAAGGGCAAAUCAGGUAAAUCGGCAGAGUCGUGUGCGGUAACAGGGUCGCAGGUCGUUGAACUCUCUCCUACAAGGUCGAAGCCGGAGAUUGACGACGACACUUGCUGCAAUGUUAAUGAGAUUGAACCUCUAAAGCAAGCCCAAGCUUCGAAACAUGUGGUGCAUUCAAAGACAGUCAGUCCUUGCGUUGUAUGCAAAGACUCUUCUAGCCUCGGGCAGUCUUGCUGUAAUGGUGAGUUUCUCCACGUCAACGUUAACUGCGACAUCAAUACUAAUUGUCAAAGAACUCUGUAUCAUUCGCAUUGCAGAUCGCGAAUGCAAUGAAUCAUGUGGCUCUCGUGGUGAAUCCACGAGCACUUCGACUGCUGAACAUGGUAAGCCUCAAAUCCCCGCUCAUAACUGGAUUGUUAGCUAACAAAGCAUAGAUAAGGGAGAUGAUUGUUGUGGAAAAUCUAAUAAAACUACAAAAAACAAGAAAGGACCAUGCCAGAAGCACAUGCAGUCAGCGAAGACCCGCUUUCAGCCUACUCUCGAUGCUCUCGAAUGUAUCUGUCGUGCGCUUUUUGCCUUGAACCUCGAAUCAUGCUGUUUGAAGGGAGAGAAUACGUCAUGCAAGUCUCUUAGAUCUAAUAACAGCACUAUUAGUCGUCGUCAAUCAUCUGAAGCACCUUCAAUAUGUGGCAAUGGUGGUGGUUACUGUUGCGUAGUCCCUCCUGAUCUACACAAAAAGCAACCGGAACAAGAAUGCAACAAAGGUCGUCUUUCCACCGGUACGAAUUAUAGUUUUGAAGAAUUGAUGAUAUCAAGAUUUUCUACUUCAUGUGACAAAAAAUGCUGCAGCGAAACAUCGGCUAUAGCUGAUUUAACAUCUAACAAUUGCUGCCCUGACGAUUCAGACUCGAAAGAGAGUAGAAUUUUACAGGCACCAGUUCCUGACGUCCACCUGGAUUUGGAGAAAGGUUCCUUGAUUAGGGAGCAUGUAGCUCUAAGCAUCCAGGGAAUGACCUGCACUGGUUGCGAGACCAAGCUUGAACGGACGCUCGCUAACAUUCCUGGUGUCUCUAAGAUCAAAACCAGCCUUGUUUUAUCACGAGCAGAGUUUUAUUUCAGCUCGGCUCAGAUUUCUGUUAAUGAAGCAGUGUUACGGCUCCAAAAAGCUACAGGCUUUGAAUGCCGAAAACUUACCCAGGAGGGUCAUGAGCUAGAGAUUUUGUCACCAGGACUUUCGGAGAAUUUGAUUGGCAAGUUGCCACCUGGCGUGUUGAGCAUUAAUCCUACUACUGAUGGGACACUCACCAUUACUUACGAUCCUCGAAUAAUUGGAGCUCGAGACAUCGUUGAAAAGGCUUUUGAUAAGGAACUCAAAUUAGCACCAAAUCGUCCAGAUUCAUCAAUCUCAGCAGGUAACAAGCAUUUUUGGCAAGCGGGUCUGGCAACACUCAUAUCGGCAUGCCUCACUGUGCCUGUUUUGGUUCUAGCUUGGGCUCCUCUUCCAGAACAAAAAAUAAUUUACAGCUCCGUGUCAUUGGUAUUAGCAACAAUUAUCCAAGUGUUUAUCGCAGGACCCUUCUAUGUUGCAGCCUUGAAAAGUUUGAUAUUUGCACGAGUAAUUGAGAUGGAUCUUCUUAUUGUUCUUAGUACCAGCACAGCUUACAUUUUCUCGGUUAUUGCUUUUGCUCUACUGGUUGCAGGCAAGCCUUUGGCCACAGAUGAGUUCUUCGAGACCAGCACUUUACUAGUGACUCUGAUCAUGCUAGGUAGAUUCAUCACGGCUUCGGUACGACAAAAGGCUAUGCAGUCCAUUUCCAUUCGCUCAUUACAGCCAUCUAAAGCCAUUUUAGUUGGGAGUGAUGGUACGGUUACCAAAGAGAUUGAUGUACGCCUUCUUCAGUAUGGUGAUAUCUUUCGGGUUAUGCCUGAAAUGAAAGUCAUCACUGAUGGCACAGUCAUUUCAGGUGAAUCUGAAAUUGAUGAGUCAAUGAUUACAGGAGAGUCAAGUUUGAUGACGAAGAGUAAGGGUUCGUCUGCUAUUGCUGGCUCCAUCAAUGGUUCUGGUAUCUUGCACAUUCGAUUAAGUCGAAUUUGUGGUGAAAACACUAUUAGCACCAUUGCUAAUAUGGUUGAUGAAGCCAAGCUGUCAAAGCCAAAGAUGCAGGAUAUCGCUGACCGUAUUGCUGGAUACUUCGUACCAGUUAUUAUAUUCAUCAGUAUUCUUACGUUUGUUAUUUGGAUCGCUGUGGGUAUCGCCACUCAGAAGAAGAGCAGCUCAGAUGCUAUUAUCCAGGCAGUUACAUAUGCUACCGCUGUUAUGAUUAUUUCAUGUCCAUGCGCAAUCGGAAUUGCUGUGCCUAUGGUUAUUGUUAUUGCUGGAGGUGUUGGUGCAAACAACGGAGUUAUCUUUAGGUCAGCAGAUUCUAUAGAGACAGCCAGAAAUGUCACUCAUGUCGUGUUUGAUAAGACAGGCACGCUAACUAUAGGAAUCCUGAGCGUAAAAGGAAGUAGUUAUGUUGACAAUCAAACAGAAGACAUUAAGCCAGUUUUGCUUGGGCUGGUGUCUGGGAUCAAGCAUCCUGUUUCUCAAGCGAUUACUGAGCACCUAAAAUCUCUUGGUGUAUCUCCAAUCUCUGUUCUCGAUAUAAAGUCUGUCCCAGGAAAGGGCGUUUCGGGUAAAUGGAAUGGCAACGAAAUUCGUGCUGGGAAUGUACAAUGGACGCAAGCUACUUCCUCACCGGAAUUACAACAUUUCCUUUCUUCCGGAUCAACGGUCAUGUGCUUCACUGUCAACAACAUUCUUCGAGCCGUUUAUGCACUUAGUGAUAAUCUGCGCCCAGAAGCUGCUCAAGUAGUGCUGAAACUUCAUUCUAAAGGAAUUUCUACAAGUAUCAUCAGUGGUGAUGAAGUCGGUGCUGUUCAUAAAACUGCAGAAAGCCUUGGAAUUCCAUUGUCUAAUGUUCUAUCAGGUUGCUCGCCAGAAGGAAAGCAAGCUUACAUUCAGACACUAAAGGCCUCCGCAAACUUCGUUAUACUUUUCAUUGGUGAUGGUACUAAUGAUGCAAUUGCUCUUGCCUGUGCUAAUAUCGGUGUUCACAUGAGUGAAGGCACAGAUGUUGCACGCAAUGCCGCCGAUGUUGUCUUAACACGUCCAGAUCUCCGCGGUAUACUUGUCCUCAUAGAACUCUCACGAAAAUCAUUCCGCCGCAUCAUGUUCAACUUUGUUUGGUCUUUUGCGUAUAAUCUUUUCGCCAUUCUAUUGGCUGCUGGAGCAUCCAUCGACUUCCGAGUCCCACCAGCUUUUGCAGGAGUUGGUGAAAUCGUUAGUGUAUUGCCAGUAAUUGCCAUUGCAGUCAGCUUGAGAUGGUCAAAGUUUUCGAUUUGAUUAAGUUAUGGAUCUAUGGGAUGAGCAAUCUAUCGUGUGCUAUUUUAAAGUCAUCGUCGCGGUUGUUAUACCUACAGAGUAUUCAGCAUCUGGUUAUGUUCCAAGUGGGAGGCUGGCAUAGGGUAUUUAAGCUAUAUAGAUAAAUGUGGUAAUGGCAUACUUCUUUAUA